AAAGUAAAUGGUUAUAACGGUUUUCGCUUGUCGGAGACCAAGCAAAUGUCCUCCUCGGGCGAUGUGUGUUCCCGUCUGCCAAGCGUCUUGAGCAUGCCCAAGGUGGUGCGUGACUUGUUGUGGACCGUCACCAGUCCACAUUUGCUCAGCGACGAUCGAUUUCCUGUUUUACCGGCGGAAUUUGGCGUCGAAGCUUUGAAAUUCGAUGUGGUCACCGACUGGCUGAACGCCCUCGUACAAGACCCAACGCCGUUGCUGACGUUCCUGCAAGAAACAACGUCGAACGGUCGAUCGUUAGCGCUGGGCGUCUACUUCUCGACAUUACUCGAGUUCUGGCUGCGCUUCUGCCCUCACUUUGGAACGGAGAAGAUGGCAAUUGGUAAACAAGUUGUGUCGUCCACGAACAGAACAGUGGGACAAUUGAAGUUUCUUUUUCGCUGCAAUUUUCAGAAUGGAAAGCAACGAGACUUCCAUGUCGAGUCAUCAGUCAAAUUCUUCUUGCUCAAUCCUAUUGACAGCAAUACUGGCGAGAACUGCACUGGAAAACAUGUAAACGGAGAUAUCGGAAAUGUUCCAUUGGAGCAGUAUGUUGGACCGCAUCUUGGAGAAAACUUGGCGUGGCGAGCUCAAGAAGUGGAUCGGAAGUUGGCCAUGCGUCGAGGUGAAAGUGUACGCACGUGGUUGGAGGAGACUUACAGCACCAAUGUGCAGUCACACAUCGUGCUACGUGGGUAUCUGUUCGAACCGCUGACUCAUUUUGUUUCAACCUUGGAGACUUCUAUUGCUCACGACUGGUAUUUCCAUCGGAAUCCUGCCAAAGUUACAACCGAAUUGAAGACUUGUUUGAAUCCUAACAUCGCAACUGAUCACUUGCGAGGUUGGUGGACAACCGACAUGGAGACGGAUUUGCCUGCAAAAGUACGAGCGAACCAAGCAACGAUAGGUGAAAGUCGAUUUGUGAUCUUACCUAAACUACACUGGUUGUGUCCUGUAGUUGCUCUGGAGGACAAAACUUCUGGUCAGGUUAUUGUUGAGAGUAAUAACAGACUGGAUAUCCCGGAAGUGGAAGCACUGACACUUGACGAAUUGAUAAUAUUUGUACGGGAACAUUUUCAAAAAGUUACAGCAUCGACUGAGACGAACAAAAGUGGUGGGGUAGCGAUGCCGUUGCUGGUGGCUGAAAUUGUUCGUUACCCGAAAAAUGUUAAAGAUGGUAACCAGCACUGGUACGAGAUCUCUCGAGGGUUCAUUCUUGAUCCCAAGUGCUGGGAUCCAUCGCCUCUGUGCCAUGAACCUGUGCGAUUCCGACGUACUCUACGAAAUGACGCAGCUGGAACUGGGGAGCGCGAGUAUGGAUCACGUCGUUUUGAUUGUGCUGACGAAGGCUUUAUUAAGCCAGACGUGAAUGAGGCCGCCGCAGGGGAGGAGAAAAGGCAUCACUUUACUGAUCCUGCUAGUACUAACCCACGCAAUCUCUGUCAGGAGCUGGUGUCGGUAUUGAGCGCUGGUGACGUUCUGUUUACCCAUGCAGAUUUGAAGAGAUCGACUAGGGAACUUUUACUUUGGAGAAGACUGAAUUGUACUGGUGUGGGCGAAGAAUCCUCAUACAUUCGUUCAUGCUUAGCGUUUCUCAUUUUUGGUGUCAAUCGAGACGAUGAAUCGAAGCAUACCAGUCGAGUGGGGUAUCUGCUAUUGGACGUUUAUGAUGGAUUGAAUCGUGAGUUUGAGUCGGAUAUACCAACCGAAUCUUCUUCACAAGAAUGCUUGGAUUGGGUUACACUUCUUACUGAAGUUGCUCGUGGUUCUGAACGGUGGGAGUUCCUCAAUCUCGUUCUACGAGCUAUCGAUCUGACUCUGAAUAGCGCUGAUGAGAUGAAGUGGGGAGGACCAGAAAAGAGCAGUCAGUUUAGUUUCCUCGACAAACUGCUUGCUGCUCGCAAUUCUCGAUGGAAUUCUGUUGUGGUUGAAGUAAUUCGUGUGUUUCGUAUUGGCAAAACAACAGCGGAUGGACACAGAAUUCAAAAUAUUUUUGCCGAAUUAGUUAAACAGCACGACUGGCAAAACGCAGAGCGACUUGCCACUGUGGUGCAGGAUCAUGGCAUGAUUCAAACGCUCUUCAAGCAUCUGUCACUAUUAAACAUGACAAAAGCUUUAAAGCGAUUGCAAAAGGUUGCUGUUGGAUUACAGAGUGCCAAUGACUCUAUUUUGACACAGCAAAGCGCUGAUCUCAUGGCAAACGAUACUAUCCCCUCUUACCUGCUUGGUCAACCGAUUAACCAUGCCAAGAACCUAUCGUUGAAUAAGGUUGAGAAGUUUGAACUCAAGUGGAAAUACGUUGAUUGUCUUGAAGAAAUAGAAGAAGUUGUUCGACGCCUGAAGAAACAAGAGCUGAACGUCCUUAAUGCGGAAGAUGAGAACUCAGUUGUUCGGAACAUGCUUGUGGGGAUUGACUGUGAAUGGAGACCACAAUUUCUGAUGAAAGAGCAAACUUCGACUUCAAAUGGCACUGAAAUCGCAGAUCCUGAUGAUUUAAGCAACGAAGACCUGGAAGGUUUAAGCAUUUACCAACUCGCUGUUGGAGAUAUCGUUUACGUGGUUGAUGUUCAAGUUCUUGGAGUAGUAGCCGCUGCUCCGCUACGCUUUAUCUGGAGGCCCUUAUCUCCGCUCAUGCUGAUCGGUUUUUGUGUAUCCAGCGACAUUCAAAGAAUUAAGAAUUCAUUCCCGGAACUAGAAGAACUUCAAAGCAACAAGGAACGGGCUACUCCUCUGCUAUUAGAGCUGAAACAGCUCGCCUUGUUUCGACACGUUCCAGCUAAACACUGGGGAUUGUCGCGAUUGUAUCGUGAGUGUUUGGGAGAAAAGGUGGACAAGGAGCAGCAAUGCUCGGACUGGGGUAACCGCCCUCUGACCACCAGCCAGCUGAAAUACGCAGCAAAAGAUGCGUACGUCGUUCAACGCCUGUCCCUGCAUCUGCUUGCGGAUGUACAUUUUGUGAAAGAUGAACAUUAUUCCGUAAAUGAACGCGUCCGAGAAUUUAUGAAGCGCUUCGAUGCCAGCCGGAGCUUUUCACAUGCGUGGACUCUGACUUCUGCGUUACAACCGCUUGGAAAGCAGCACGUCAAAGCUGCAUUGCAAGCCUACGGAUUGGAGGCUCGAUUCCUGAAGUAUGACAAGAACGAACAGGAGGGAUUAAUUGUCAAGAGUAUUGCAUUGCUUGUUCGGAGAGAGAAGCAAGUAAAUGCGCCAAGACGAGUUGAGUAUGUGGUAGCUGUGUUGGCGCUGGAUCGAUCCAUCGAUAUGCAUGCCUUAGGUGCUCUACUGGAAGCAGACUCAGAGGACAUUUCAUUAGCUGAUCAAGUGGCUCUCGUGAGAGUGUUUGGUUAUUCACGAGGAUGUUUGGGGCCUAUUGGUUUGCGAGAACAGCAGGCUACACAGAUUAUCUUGGAUAAUUACCUUCAGGCAGAAGAAUAUCUCCUCUGUGGCGCUGGAAAAGCCGACGAGGUCUAUGCUAUUGCGCCAGAUCAGCUCAUUGAAGUAGUGGGCGCGUUGGUUGCUCGCAUUUCCAGAUAAAAGAAUGUUCAACUUGCAGUAGUUUUAGAGUUGUGGAAUACCGAAAAGUACUGUUUGUGUUCUAACAAUUAUUGACUAAAUUUUAACUUUUGAUACAAUA